AUGUGGGCUCUCGGUAAACUCGUCGUGGACAAAUUCGCAUUCGCCACUCUAAAAGCCAUCCAAAACGACCUAUGGCUUGCCUUCGAGCCGCCACAAGAAGAGAAGUUAAUGCGUACUAGGUUCCUGUCGUUGAGACAGAGCAAGCAGGCCAUGCAUGACGACGUGCAGAUGGCUCGGCAUCUGCUGCCGUCAUGCAUUGUCACGCAUUCCAUGGACAUGUACACAAAAGUGAACGUCUUUGCUGACAGUGUGCGUGAGGGGCAGACUCGCCUGUCGCUAGAACGCGCGGAGCAUGCCACGAUAUUAGAUGAUUUCGGUAUUGCCCUUCGCGAAGACACUAGAUUCAACAAGGCGUACACCAAGCUUUCGGUUGUUACCGCUGUCAGAUCAGCGGAUCCGGGACCUUUGGAGAUUAACGCGAUUGAGUCGUCGGGUGACCGACCACGUGCUUAA